AUGAUCGCCGACAGCGAGCUCUACCGCCUCGCCCUCUUCCUAGGCGCAUUCGCAAUGCUCCUCAUUGUCCUCUACCACUUCCUCGAAGUCAACUCCGAAGACAACGACGACUCGACACUCACAUCUUUCUCUUCAUCUGAUGGAAAGCCGGCGUCUACAGACAAGAAGAUUCCAGCGAAUGCCGACCCGCUUGUUUUUGCUCCUGCCGCCGCCGUGGCUUCGAGGGGGAAGGCGACAUAG